GAUUAACACUGCCUGAGUGUUUUCAAACAUGGCGACCAUGCAGAGUACAAAUCCUUCGCAGCUGCUCCCGCUAGAGUUGGUUGAUAAAUGUAUUGGAUCUCGCAUUCACAUUGUUAUGAAGAACGACAAAGAGAUUGUUGGAACUCUACUUGGGUUUGAUGAUUUUGUCAAUAUGGUCCUUGAGGAUGUCACAGAGUUUGAGAUUACACCAGAAGGAAGAAGAAUAACUAAGCUUGACCAGAUUUUACUGAAUGGAAACAACAUCACUAUGUUAAUUCCAGGAGGUGAAGGUCCUGAAGUAUAGGAACAAUUUGUACAACUAGAGCUUUAUUUUUAUUAUUCUAUUUUGUAUGUGUAAAUUAGCCUCGUUUCUAAUGGAGUUUUUUGUUCGGGUUUCCAUUUUUUUUAUUUCAAGAAUUUCUUCUAUGUUGAAAAUAAUGUCCUAAUAGGUGGACAAUUUGUUAUGUGGUAACUUGAUAAAAGCUCUACACAAAUGCUUAUUUGCUAGAAAAAAAAAAUAAAGUAUUUGUGAAUUUACAAAUUGA